AGUGGGCGGCCGCGGACGGGUUGAGAGUUAGCUGGAGCAGGUCGAGCAGAGGUCGCGCGCGCGCGUGAGAGUGAGUGAGCGAGCAGAGUGUGACAGUGUGUGUGCCAGUGUUGUGACAUGAGCGUGACGUGCCGGUGCGUGUGACACCGUGUGACGGGAGCGUGAUGCCCUGCGCUGGGCGUGAUGGCCGCCCCGCGGAGCGUGCGGAGCGUGAGCGCCCUGAGCGUGCUGCUGCCCUCCUUGUGCUGCGCCCUGAGUGUCCUUCUUGCAGCGCCGCCCGGCGCCGCCUCGGCCGCCUGGAGUCAGAUCGAGUCCUGCGCCGGCCGCUGCCCCUUCCAGAACAAGACGGACGACGGCCUGAUGGACGCUGCGGGCUGCGGCGCCGACUGCAGGAUAGAACAGUGCGGGAUCGGCUGCCGCUCCUGGCAGCACGCUCUCCAGACCAGCUGCCAGACUGCCUGCAACGGCACCCGGGAGCUGCUGCUGCCCAAGGAGCUGUACUGCGUGAUGGGCUGCAACGACGCCGUCAACAUGUACUUCCAGAGACUGCGAGAGGAGAUCGGGGUGCCACCCGCGCCCGCCCUAGUGGCCGAUAGCCUGACGGCGCACUCGCUGAGCCUGGAGUGGGACGGGGUAUCCGGCCUGCACAGCCUGGGCCUAGGCCUGGGCCCGGGGCUGGGCAUCGCCAACCUGAGCUACCUGGUGCAGUGGCGCUACGAGGAGCUGGCGGCCGCGUGGCAGUACUGCCGCAACCAGUCCUGGGGCCCGCACGCCACGGCGCGAGUCGACAACCUGCAGCCAUACAGCAAGUACCGAUUCCGGGUGGCGCUGCUGCUGCCGGGCGGGCACGGCGGCGGCGGCGAGCUGCUGGUGAGCGCGCCCUCGGUGGUCAUCAGCACGCUGGCGAGCGGCACGCCCGCCUCGCCGCCCACCGUCACCCGCGCCACGGCCGUGGACUGGGGCCGCGUCAGCGUGUCCUGGCUGCCGGGCCGAUUCCCCAACGGGCCGCUCCUCUCCUACGUGCUGCGCAUCUCGGAGCUGCCCGCCGGCUACUCGGCGCUCAAGGACAUCCCCGCGGCGGAGAGCCCCGACUUCUACAUGUUCCAGAACCUGCUGCCCGGCCGCAACUACAGCGUGUCCGUGGCGAUGCGCAAUGGCGUAGGCGAGGGCCCCGCGGCCUCGGUCGUGGUGGGCACGCCGCCGCGGCCGGCGCCCGCCGCGCCCGACGACGACCGCACCCGCCAGCCCGCCCUGGUGCUGGCCGCGAGCCGCACCGUCACCCGCCAGGUGGCCGACCUCCUGGACGAGCCCGCCGUCGUGUACCGCGCCGAGGAGGGCAGUACCAUCACUGGCAUCGCCUUGCACAUCGCCAAGCGCCUGCUGUUCGUCUCGGACUCGAGCGGCGUGGUGUGGCGCGCGCCCCUGGACACCGAGGCCACCACAGAGGCGCCCGUCGCGGUGCUGAGCACGGCGCUGACGCGCGUGCGGCCGCACGGGCUGAGCGUGGACUGGCUGAAUGACCUGGUGUACGUGGUCGGGCAGGUGGAGCAGGCCGCCGGCGACCCCAGCGGCUCCACGUGGCAGGUGGCCCGCGCCAGCCUGGACGGACGAGGGCUGACGGUGGCCGUAGCGGGACUGCCCUCGCGACCGCUUCACGUCCAGGUCGACCCCUACAACGGCUUCCUCUUUUGGGUGCUGGGCGGUGAGCGAGGGGGCGGCCUGUAUCGUCUCGACCUGGCCGAGGUGAGCAACGGCAUCAAGCACGAGACGAGGCCGUCAGUCUUGCUCGAGGACCCAGACCUCGGCGCCUUCGUCGUGGACCACGCCAACUUCCGCCUCCUGGUGCCGCACCACGCUAACAACACCGUGCUGGCCGUGUCGCUCGACGGGCGGGAGGUGGCGGACCUGCGGCGCAACACCCAGCAGGCCAUGUUCCAGCACGUCGUGUCGCUGGCCGUGGCGGGCGGGCUCUUCUACUGGACGGACGGGCGAGAGGUGCUGACGGAGGAGUACCACUCCGGCCAGGACGCGUACUUCCACAACACGUACCCCAACCCGGCCGACCGCUCCUUCGUAUCGGUGUGCGUGGACGGCGCGGCCUCCCAGCCGGUGCCCGUCCCCGUCAAUCCGCCCACCGCCGUGCAGGCCGUACUCGGCGCAGCCCUGGCGAAGGCCUCGUGGCACGCGCCGCACCUGCUAGGUGGGCAGGGCAAGGGCGCGUGGCAGGACUGGCGGUACGUCCUCAGCGUCCGUGACGAGGAGCGCGGCGACACGCUGGAGCACCGCGACGUGAACGCUACCUGGUGCACGGUGCAGGGGUUGCACGAGGACACUCCGUACGUGGUGCGCGCCGCGGCCUACACGAGCGCCGGGGUUGGGCCAUGGAGCAGCGAGUUCCGCGCGCGCACCCUGCGCUCCGACCCUCCGCCCGCCACCGUGCUCUGGGCCGCGCAGGACGGCCUGCUCCGCUCCGACGUGACGGGCGAUCGCGUCGAGGUCCUGGUGCACGCGGCCACCCUCCGCGACGGGCGCGCCGCGGCUGCCUUCCACGCUGCCGGCCUCGCGUGGUGGCGCGACCGCGUCUACCUGGUGGCCAAUACCUCUCUCGUGUACGCCUACAACCUGACCAGCCGCGAGCUGGCCCGCCUUCCGCACCUGGACGGCGUGGGCUGCGUGGCCGUGGACUGGGUGGGCCAGCGACUGUACUGGUCAAACCCCAAGCAGCAGCUGAUCACCCGCGGCAACCUGCUAGGCGCGCAACAGGAGCCUCUGCCCAUCCUGACGGUGGCCAAGGAGCUGGUAGUGGACGCGGCCAACGCCUUCCUGUACUGGUCGACGGGGCACGGCGUGGAGAGCGCUCGCCUCAACGGCAAGGCCCGCCGCACCUACUACCCAGCCGAGCUGUUCUCCGGCAAGCACGUGAUGGGACUGGCGUUGGCCCGCGACUCCCGGCAGCUGUACUGGGUGGUGCGCAGCUACGAGGGGUCUGCCCUGUUCCGCGCCCCCACCGCGGACCAGCUGCAGCCCGGGCAGGCCGUGGAGCCCGUGUUCGUGUCCCAGCUGAGCGCCGGGGUGCAGGGUCCGCUCAGCUACUUCAGCCACCACCUGCUUUGGCUGCGCGACGACCGGAGCGCCGUCCUCGGUGACCUCGACGGCCAAAACGCGGCCAUCAUCAGCGGGAGCAGCGAAGGCGGUGGGCACAGCCUGGCGCACCUCCACACCGUCACGGUGCUGGACCCGGAGCAGCAGCGCGCCGCUGACUCGGCCCAGGAUCUUGUCGCCGCGGACCUGGACGUGAUCCCGAAGGCUGUGGCACAGUCGUCGAUCCGCGUGACGGGGUCGUGGGAGGCCUUCAACAUUUCGUGGAACCGAGUGACCAACGUCAACUACGGGCAGGUGCUGUACGAGCUGAAGGUUCGCGACGGCGGGUCGGGCCGCGAGAUGACGGUGGAGACCGCUCAGCCGUCGGUGCGCUGCUGCGGGCCGCUAGGGCAGCCGGCGCCGUACGCGGAGCUGGACGUGGUGGUGCGCGCGCUCACCUUCUGGGGCACCUCGGCGGCGACCCGCGCGCGCCUGCACAGCCCCGCCGCGCGGCCCCGCGAGCCCCACAACCCGCGCGUGUUUGUCACCUACCACCGCGGCGGACACCGGGGCGCUGACAUCAACAUCAGCGCUCUGUUCCGCUGGGACCCCCCGCGCCAGCCCAACGGCCCCGUGCACAAGUACCUCGUCAAGCACUGGUACUCCCGGCCGCACGUCGGCGACCUGCACAUGUGCGAGCCCGUCGUGCUGCCCGCCGACCGGCUGGAGUUCGAGGCCAACCUGCUGGAGCCCAACUGUACUUACUAUUUCCAGGUCCAGGCGUUCACGGACGCGGGCAGCGGCACGUCCAGCGUCCCCGUGGCGGCCGACACGCGCGCUGAGCGGCCCGUGCCGCGGCUGCUGAUCGCCACGGUGCACGCCCUCGUCAUGGAGGACUGCGACCGGCGCGCCGAGACCACGCUGCUGCGCGCCGCCUCCGCCCCCGUGGACCUCGACUUCCUGCACGCCGGCCUGUAUGGCCAGGGCCGCGUCCUCUGGCUCAGCGAGACGCACGAGCUGAGGGCCGCCUCCCUCGAUGGCAGGAACAAGACCAAGCUGGCUGCGCUGACAGGCGCCGCACUGGGCGUGGCCGUGGACUGGGUGGGGCGCGCCGUCUACUGGUCCGAGGUGGAACAGGCCCCGGUUGGCGCCCUGCAGACCCCCCUGGCGUCCCUCGUGCGCAAGUUGGACCUGGAUCGGGAGGGUAUGACCCCCGUCACUGUCCUCCGCAGGGAUGGCGUCGUUCGACAAAUCGCCGUAUUGCCGCUCAACAGCACGCUCAUCUGGGUGGAGGACGGCGUCCUCAUGACGAGCGCCCACGACGGGUCCGGGGUGCGUCCCUUCUUCUCCAGGACGAUGUCACCGCUGAGGCAGCGCCGGCGUGCCUGCACGUGUCCGUCGGCUCCGCGCGCGGGCCCCGUGCUCGCCGUGGACCACUCGCUGGCGGGGCGUGCGCGUGUGCUGUGGGUGGACGCGGAAGGCGGGGACGUGGUCGCCGCCGACCUGGACGCGUGCUCGUGCACCGUGCUCGUGGGCGCGCGGGCGCUGCGUGAGGCCGGGCUGGAGGCCGGGCUGCCCCCCAGCGCCGUGACGGCCGACGGCGAGCGCGUGUACUGGGCCAACGCCUCGUUGGGCCGCGUGUACUCGGCGCCCAAGCAACCCGCCGGCCAGCAGAGCCUGCAGCAGGGCCUCCAGCAGGGCCUCCAGCAGGGGGCGCAGACCUCGCACGGGCUCACCGCCAGGGAGCUGAACGGCGUGCGCAGGAUCACCGCCCUGGGCGCGCACCUGCAGCCCUACCCUGCCGAGCAGUGCCUGGUGCCGCUGCAGCCGGCGGGUCCGGUGGCGCUGGAGAGCCGCGGCGCUGACUCCGUGCGCCUGCAGCUGCCUGCCUCGCGCCGGCCAGCCGACUGCGGACCCGUUUCGCUCGCCCCCGUCGCCUCCACGCUCUACUACGGCCGCCCCCAGGACUGCGGUCGCGACCUUUCACGCUGCCGGGUGGCCGUCACGUACGACGCGGAGCUGGAGGUCACUGGUCUGGAGCCAUUCACCGAGUACGUCUUCGUCGUGUCGCAGGCCAACUACUACAGCUCGGUGCUGCAGCAGGUGCAAACGCCCGGGCCGACCGUCGUGUUCCAGACAGCUCCGGGAGCCCCCACACCGCCGCAGGACGUCCGCCUGCGCGCCGAGGACCCCGGGUCAGUGCGAGUGUGGUGGCGCGCCCCGGAGCGGCUGCACGCGGCCGCCGUGUGGUACGAGCUGCUGUGGCGCACCGAAGGGCCGGGGCCGGGCGCCAGGACCUCUGGCCAGGACGUGGUGCCGGAGCGGGGCGGCGAGGGCGGCCUGCACACGGCGGUGCUCACCAAGCUGGCGCCGGGUCAGAGCUACUCCGUGUGGGUGCGCGCGCACGCCCAGGACUCCGAGGAGUACUCGGACAGCGCGGCGGUGGCGGUGCGCACGCUGCCCGAGCCCGGGCCGCUCGCGCUGGAGGCCGCCGGGCCGCACUGGCUGCGCGUCACGUGGACGCCCUGGCCGCAGACCCUCCCCGACGAGCCGCUGCAGAGCUGCGCGCUGCGCUACUGCGAGGCGGGCGCCGGCGCCGCCACGUGUCGCAGCCUGGCCGUGGACGUGCUGUCCGACGUGCGGCUCGACCUGCGCGGCCUGCAACCCAAGACGAACUACACCAUGCGGCUGGAGAUGACGUUCCCUCACUCGACGCAAGCCUUCCUCUGGCCCGGGGAUGCGAGAUUCACUUUCCAGACGCUUGGAGACAGGCCAGGCCCGCCGGGGACCCCUAGCAUCCAGCACAUACAUCGCAAUGUGUACCAGGUGACGUGGCAGCCCUCCGAGCCGAACGGCUCACCCGUGGAGGCGUACAGCCUGCAGGGCUGGGUGCGGCGGAAGGCGCCCCCCGCGCUCCAGGACGGGCAGCAGGAGCAGCAGCAGGACGCCACUGAAUGGGCGCUCCGCAGCAGGCGCCAGGCCGAGCCAACGCAGCAGGAGCUGCAGGAGCAGCAGGAACACCACUGGGAGAACUUCUACAACGGCUCGGACAACUUCUGGAUCAUGUCGGAGGCGGGCGGCGGUCCGGCGGUGCUGGCAGGAGCUCAGUACGUGUUCCGCGUACGCGCGCUCAACGAGUACGGCUGGAGCAACUGGAGCGGCGAGUCGCGCAGUUUUGACCUCAGCGAGGCGGCCCUCCUGGCCGACCAGCAGGAGCUCGGCGUCGUCCUGGGCAUCGCCAUUCCCGUCGUCUUCGCCCUCUGCUUCUUCGCUGUCCUGGCCGCGCUCUGUGUGAGUCGACGCCGCGAGCAGGAGAAGAAAAUACUUCAGGCGUCUGGGGUGUGUGUCGGCGGCACGGGCGUCGGUGGCGUCCUGGGCGGCGCGCGGCCGGGCGCGCUCGACGUGGAGCUCGCCACGCUGCGUGAGAUGCCGCGCCGGGGAAACUUCGUCCACCGCACCAACACGCUGUACGCGGCCGCGGCGCUGGGCGCCGCCCUCCAGGACGGCCCCACCGACGAGGAGGUGGCGCUGCUUCCGCACAUCCGCCGCCACCAGAUCACCCUCACCAAGUUCCUGGGCAGCGGCGCCUUUGGCGAGGUGUUCGAGGGCACCGCCAGGAACCUGGGCGAGGGCGUAGGCGAGAUGAGAGUGGCUAUCAAGACCCUGAGAAAGGGCGCGACCGAGCUCGAAAAGUCCGAGUUCCUGAAGGAGGCGCAGCUCAUGAGUCACUUCAGGCACGCCCACAUACUGCAGCUGCUCGGAGUUUGCCUCGACAACGACCCCAACUUCAUCAUCAUGGAGCUCAUGGAGGGCGGCGACCUGCUCAGCUACCUGCGCUGCCGCCGACCGCAGUCGCACGCGAGUCCAGGCCUCACCCUGCAGGACCUGCUGGGCAUGUGCGUGGACGUGGCUCGCGGGUGUCGCUACCUGGAAGAGAUGCACUUCGUGCACCGGGACCUGGCCUGCCGCAACUGCCUCGUGUCCGGCGACCUGGACGGCGGCGGGCGCGUGGUGAAGAUCGGUGACUUUGGUCUGGCGCGCGACAUCUACAAGAACGACUACUACCGCAAGGAGGGCGAGGGCCUGCUGCCCGUGCGCUGGAUGGCGCCCGAGUCCCUGAUGGACGGCGUGUUCACCUGCCAGUCGGACGUGUGGGCCUUCGGCGUCCUGGUGUGGGAGGUGAUGACCCUGGGCCAGCAGCCGUACCCCGCCCGCACCAACAUCGAGGUGCUGCACUAUGUGCGCGCCGGCGGCCGCCUCGGCCGACCCGCCACCUGCCCCGAGGACCUACACCAACUCAUGUUGAAGUGCUGGCUGUACUCGCCCGAAGCCCGGCCGACGUUCAAAUACUGCCUCCAGAUACUCGAAGAUCUAAAGACCAAAACGCAGUCCCUGCCGAUCCCACCACUCAAUCUAGUCAACGGAGGGGUCGCUAACAGAGGUUACUUCGAGGACGAGAACCACAACAGCUCUGGGGACUCGUGGAAGACGGAAAGCGACGGAGGGAGUAGGGACCGGGUGCCCUUCCUCAGCCCAGCCAGCCAGUCCAUCCCCAAGUACCUCGAGCUCAUCUAUGACGGCGAGGUGGCUGAGCACGGCGGGAAGACGCGCGACGGGUACGAGGUGCCAAGACCGCCCGCCGACAUUACCGAGUACUCGAACCUGCCUCCUUGUCACCAGAGCCCGUCGCUUACACCUGGGACAAGUUGACCAGGAAUCACCCACUGAGACUGCAAUAUCUGCUGCUUCACGAGAUUUAACUGAAGUGUGGUAAAGGUUUGGUUUUACUGUCCCACAAAGAGGGUUCAGCCAGCUCAAUACUUAAUGUGUCGGGGAGACAUUGCUGAGUGAAUUUCAUUAUUUUAUUUAUUAUUUAUUAGACAUUGCCUACUGCAAGAGGCUCAACAUGACGAGCUGUGACGGUAUAUUUUUCGAUAUAGCUGUCUCAUGUUCCCGCUCCAACGCUAGUCAAUUUGUUUCACCAUGACAAAGGAAAGGUGUUAUUGUGUGUCACAAAUCCCAGUGUUUUCUCUCUCUGGUAAUGACACAUACUAAGAAUGUCGGGCUACGCGGGCGUGUGUCUGAAACGAAUCAGUAUUGUUUAUUUAUUGACCAUCGUUAUUAUGAUUUGUGGCAUUUAUUUGUACUUGUUAUAAGGUCUGACCUUUAAAGCUCCUCCGAUAAAACAUGCCAUAAGUGAAAAAUAUCAAAUCCUACAUCAUUGUAUGACAUCCUAUCAUUCCUUUAAGUCUUUUCCUUAUGUGGGCAAAGGACUGAUAAAAGUACAAAGCUAUAAAUCCUCUCUUAAAGAUUGACAUUUUUUUAUAGCGUUUUCCCAAAGUUACUUGUUAUUGUAAAUCUUGUUAUGCUAUUACUGUGUAAAAAUUUUAUCAUAUGUAAAUA